UUUCAUCGCCUUUACCCCCUCUAUUCGCCUAACGCCGAUUGAACCGGAAGCAGCUCCGCGAGAGACUCUGCGGCGGGAGCACCUGCUGAAGGCUUUGCCAGAGACAUUAUCGGAGGUCGUCCACGCUAAUCAAUUCGUGAUUGUUUGUCGAUUUAGUUGAGGCGUAUGUUAGUGUUGUUCUUAGUAUGUAAGAUGUUAGUGAGCUUAUUGGUGUAUUGUUAUGUUGUGAAAUAAAAGUGUGAAGUAGGCCACCUAGUGGUACAAGGCGAAUCUGAGUUUAAUUAGAUUUUAGAAAUCAUAAAUCGGGUUAAGAUUAGAAACUAAGGUCAUGCAGGUGACGUCGUACACCUGGUGUUCUCGAGGGUUAAAAACAUGCGCACGGUGGUCAUUGACCCUUGGCGAGAGCCAGCGGGGGCCUCAACCCCCUCCAUUGCGAGAGCUUUGGAGUUACGAGUGUGGGUUUGGGCGAGAGCCUGGAUUCCAUUACUCCCGGAUCAAGGAUUUGAUGAGGAGCAGCCUGGAGGACAGUGCAGCGUGACGCAGGUGGAUGACCGAAGCUGUUUAUUUAAAUUAAAUAUAGUUUGUUGAAUUUGUUUACUUAAAUUACUAGAAUGUUGAAUGUUGUUUUUGAAGGCUUCCGCAACGUUUUAGAUAUUUAUUCCGAUUAAACGAUAAAUUGUUUC